AGUAUUCUUAAGGACUGGACACGUAUUUCCGUAUCGCUCUGCAGCAGUGCAGCAAUAAUGUUGUAGCUAGCUAGAGCUCUCUGUCUGUACAGCAGUAGAAGCAGUGUGUGGAGUUAAUAGAUUAUUCUGCUGACUGUGUGUAUGUACAAGGUGGAAAAACGGGUGCCUGCAUACAGAAGCUCAAAGGCUGCAGCAGCACCAGGAAGAAGAAGAAGAAAAUGGAAAAGUGCUGAACAAAAACGGAUGUGCAUGUGUGUCUGAAGGGAGGAAAAUUGCUAUCUGGAGUGCAAUAAUCAGGGAUUCCGAGGAUAUCCUCGAAGUGCCGAGAGGACCGGGAUUAGUUUGGUGUGUGCGUUGGGAAAACUGCUUGUCUCGUUUGGCUUGAUUUUUAUUUCUCGACAAUUCAACUUGGGAAAAGGGGCGGAAGUGAGGCUAACCACGCGAGGGGGGUGAAGUGAAGGCGCGAGUUCGAAGGUGAAUUCGUGAAAAUUGUGCGUGUGAGCGAAAGGAAAACCGCCAUCCUUUUUAUGAUUUUCCCCCUCCAAGCCUAGGCACAUGCUUGGCAGUCGGCAAAAAUCGUUAUUUUCCCAGCGCAGAAAAAAGGAUCUUGAUUGUACGAAGAAUUCCUGAGCAGGGAAAAAAAGUGAUUUGCUGUGGUAAAGUAAGUUUGCACAUGGAAAAGAAUAUUUCACGAUUCGAAACCGAACUAAUUAAACGAAAAUUACCCCGAUUGGGAUACUGUGAAAAUGCAGCAACAUGUUUAACCCAUUUUAAUGAGUGAAAAAAGGAAGCAGAAGCAGACCCAGUGGCAACAGCAGCAGCAACAAAGUCAAGAGGAUAAUUUUCCGAACCGAUCCGCAGAACUACGUGCUGGGAAGGAAGAACAGAAGCCAAAAGCUUGGCCUAAAAGAAAGGAAAAUCCCUCCUCAACCAGUGCCGUGAUAGUUUUGUUGAGCGAGUGAUGAUGGCAGUGGUGCUGUAAGAAGAGAGAGCGAAAAAAGCGUCAUGAAUAUCUCGGCCGUGAUUAAGCGACCAGGAAUGGAUUAGUUUUUCACAACUUGUGUGCUCUUUUUACCUGCUGGCUGUUGCAAGAAAAAAAUAACUGAAAAAAAAAUACGGACAAACAAACUGACGUAGGAAAAAAUACAAAUCGGUUCACUUAAAAAGUGACAACCCUUCAAAAUCCUCUGGUGUCACAUUGACCCCAGAGCACAGACGCAGGGUCAAAGGAGAAAGUGGGCAAAGAACCAACCUGUCCCCUGGUAACUCGUUUCCACUUUUGACCGCCGCGAGGCACACAGCCACGAACAAAUAUGGAUCCAUUGUCGUCCCUGGCCCUCGAAAAAGACAACGAAGAAGCUGAUGGGGUCCUUCUGGGUGGUGGGGGAAAACUUGUUCGUUCUACUUUGUGUGACCACCAAGGCGGUGGCGCGGCAUAACGUUGCUAAACAAGUACAGCGAGCUCCACAGAGUGUGUUUGUGACAAACAAGGCGAGAUGUCGUCAGUGCGCCGAGGGGAAAAUAAUUGAAAACUGUGAAAAUUGUAAAAUUCGAUAAAUUAGCGCAGAAGACAAUCGCGGCAGUUGAAGCACCGUGUGGCGUGUUAACUAGAAGAGAGUGCUGUUGGCAGCUUGUUCCAUUUUUCCGGGAGAAGCGGAAAAUAGAAGGGGAAAUAGAUUGGAUUAUACCCUUGUUGAGUUGAUGCACGCGUGGGUGGGAAAACAUUCCAGUGCGUGGGAGAAAAUAAACUGUUGAAUUUAAUCGGAAGCAUUGGACAAAGUGAAGUAUUUCUCUGCGAAAUUUAUUGUUGACUAUUGAUUGCAGUAAACACGUGUUUGUGGAUCUAAUUAAGAGGUUCCGUUGGCCAAUAAAUCAGUGCGCUUCAAUCGAGUGCGGUAAAACAACAAUGCUCCAAUGAGCAGUGGGGGGAAAACUGCGACAGCACCAGAGGACACAAUGUGAAUUGCACCGUGUAUAAAAUGUGAGGGAAAAUAGUGAAUUUCACCACCCAUCAGCAGCGCAUUAGCAGCUGUGAAACAACGGUGAAAGUGGUGUCCAAAGGCGUGACAACGAGAUGAUUAAUUAUGCAUUAUGUAGCAAUCGAAUCGAUGUAACUUGGCGGCAACGUCGAUUCUUCGCGGAUUCCAAGGAUAGUAGCAGUAUGACGACAUGACCUAGAUCCUUUCUUCUAUCUCCUAGAGAAGCCUAGAAGAGAGCCAAUCGGGAAGCAUAGCUUAGAAGUGUUUCGUGGAAGUUGUGGCUGCCCGAUGUUAGUGUUGGUGUCUGUUGUAAAUAGGAUUAUAAGUAGCGUGAAGAUUUAUGCAGCAGCCUGAAGUGGGCGGAAGUAGUUCGUUAUCGUAAUCGCCAAUCGGUGCUGAUAUGUGUUCGUGGCCACCGAGUGUACAGUUCACUGUAGAUAAGAUCUUGCAGCACUUGUUCUAUGACCUUUGAGGAAAUCUAUCCGACUUAUACUUAGUGUACAGCAGUUUGCCAGUGUUGAUAAGCAUUCCAAAAGCGAUUCGUGUUAGCUAGUAGAUGUUCAGCAUAAUAAUUAUUAACCUCAAUGAAGCAGUUUACUCCAAUAUAAAAAGUUUGUCUUGAAUUGUUAAUCAAAAAUAAGUAGCGCUAGAUCAAAAGUGUUGCAUUUACGACAUAAGCCAAAGUAGUGAAAAACAAAAGUUUCUUCAAAUCAAGCUAAACGAAAAGCUCAUAUCUGUAAGUGUACAGUUAUAACCAAAGCAAAAAGUUACUCCGUAGUUCGUUUUUCCAAACCGUGUGGAUGUGUGCGAUAGUGUAUAAUAUUCAUCCGUAAUGAUGCUGAUAGCAUGCAAACGAAGCAUUUCGUGGCAACUCAAAAGUACCGCAUAAUGGCAGAGGCUCCAACGCCCCCAGCAGCAGUGGUUCUACUCUAAGGUCCCUCCACUUAUUUGUACAAAAGCCCCCCAAAAAGACCAGAGAGGAAAAUUGGUAUUCUCUACCCCGCUUCCCAUAAAGUAAUACAAACUGUACAAACCCCAGAUCUGAAGCUAAUAUACCUUCUGGAAAACAAGUAAUAAUUGUAGCCAUUAAGCAAAAUAAAUAAAAAGCUUACUCUCCUCACCAUUCUCGUGGCGGUCUUCGCUCAAGUAUCCUAACUGUAGCGUUUGUUGCGACGAAAAUAUAAGAGAAAAAAAAACAGAAGUGAAAUAGAAAUAUUCCGUGUGCAACGAAACCAAAGCGAAAAAAUGACCAACUUGUUCCAUUACUCAAAUAACUGAACCGAAAAAAACGAGAGCUCGUAAAGUUUUCACCGUGAAAACAUCAUAAAACACGAGUGGAAAAAGGCUAAAAUAAAGUUGAAUUUCUCCUCUCCGUCACCCUAUGCACCCAUUUCUCUCCACAUUUGCAUCGGGAAAUGCCAGAGCCAAGUGAGAGCGCAAAUAUCCUCCCGAUCUAACAAAGGAUACACUAGGAAAAGUUAAUCCUUGAAGCAACGGUGACGACGACGACCAGGACUGUGACGACACAUAUAAAGUGAUUAAAAAGUGACGACUGCAUAUCCCGAUCCGGAAAAAAGUGCUCUCGUGCGAUAACGGUGUGGGAAAAUUCAGUGAAAUCGAUCAGUGCUAGUGGGAGAAAUUGAUUCAGGAUCAGGAGUUGAGCACGGUUGGGAAAAACAACAUUCGCCAUCAUGUCGGAAGCAACGACGCCAAACGACGGUCAAGGCGGCGGGGCCAAGCAGCAGGUCGUUGCCUACACGGAAAAGUCCCAGGAUAAGCAUGAAUCGCGCCACAUCCAGCUGGUGCGGGAGUACGGAUUUCACCCCCGAUCCAAGGUCCAGGUGGAGGACGGGGCCGUGCUGCCACGCAAGUUCGAACCAUUUCCGGACGAUAUGUACGGGCGGCCGCUGGAGGAAAUCGACAACUUUAUCUAUGAAGAGACUUUCUGCGUGGUGUCGAAGCGAUUUCGCAAAAACUACAUACAUCGGUUCACCGGAACGAAAAGUCUGUUCUGCUUCACCCCCUGGAGCCCCACCCGACGUGCCUGCGUGUACCUGGCGACCAACCAGUUCUUCGACUACUUUGUGAUGGCCACCAUUCUGUUCAACUGCAUCUUCCUAGCCAUGUCCGAGACGAUCGAGGAAGCAGAGUAUAUAUUUUUAGCAAUUUACACAUGCGAGAUGAUAAUCAAAAUGAUAGCUAAGGGUUUUAUACUGAACAAGUAUACGUACUUGCGGAAUCCGUGGAAUUGGCUGGACUUCGUGGUCAUCACCAGCGGGUACGCGACCAUUGCCCUGGACGUGGGCAAUCUGGCUGGGCUGCGGACGUUUCGGGUGCUGCGGGCUCUCAAAACGGUGUCGAUCAUGCCGGGUCUCAAAACCAUCAUCAAUGCACUGCUGCACUCUUUUAAACAACUGGCAGAGGUCAUGACGUUGACGAUAUUCUGCCUAAUGGUGUUCGCUCUUUUUGCCCUACAGGUCUACAUGGGUGAACUACGUAACAAAUGUGUCAAAAAUCCUCCCGAAGGAUGGAACGUUACCCACGAGGAAUGGAGAAUGUGGGUGAACGAUACCGAAAACUGGCUCAUAGACGACGAGGAUAUGCCUUUGCUGUGCGGGAAUCUGACCGGAGCGCGUCACUGUCCUCCCGAGUACACAUGUCUUUGCGUCGGAGAGAACCCCAAUCACGGUUACACCAAUUUUGACAACUUUAUGUGGUCAAUGUUAACAACCUUCCAGCUCAUUACAUUAGAUUAUUGGGAGAAUGUGUAUAAUAUGGUGCUGGCGACGUGCGGUCCCAUGAGUGUGUCGUUUUUCACCGUAGUGGUAUUUUUCGGUUCAUUUUAUUUGAUCAACUUGAUGUUAGCCGUCGUUGCUUUGAGUUACGAGGAGGAAGCUGAAAUCACCCAAGAGGAGCGGCGAAAGGACCUGAUCGACCAUCGGGACGAUUCGACGUUCAGCUUCGAUCCGGCCAGUUUGAAUGUUAAGCAGUUAAGCAAACAACAGCGCAAGAAGCUGGACGCCCGGAAGGGAGUUCUGCUGGCGUCUUACUCCCGGAAAAAGACCCGCCGGAGAAAAAAGGGCAAGGAGGGUGGCGAUAACGGAAACAAUGUUACGAAGAGCAGAUCGGUGACGCCAAGUCCCAGUCCAAGUCCGAGGCACAGCAUAGUGAGACCGCAGGCUUUGGCAUUGCAACGAACGAAAGGAAUGCUGACGUCGGCGCCUCCAGCUAUGCCACCCACGCAACACCAACAACAGAAUCCGAACACGUUGCACCCUUUAGGUCUUCACUAUCGGGGCCAGCUGCUGCCUUCCAGCCGACAGGCGAGUUCCAAUGCCAGCGAGGGUGGCGUCAAUCGAGAGUCUUCCCUGGACGACUCCGGAGUGGUGGAUGACCACGAGGAGCAGGAUGUUGUAACGGGCACCGAGUUGGUGCAUUCUUCCUUAGUAGAGCAGCGGGAGGUAACACCGGUUACAUUGGCGUUAUCACCGCGGGAGGUUAGGAUAAUAAAAUGUAACGGUAAUUUAGCGAAAGUCAAAAAGCACAACGUUUAUGCCCUCCAUCCGGAAUACUUGUCGCAAAUUGUUGUACUAGACGAUCUUCCUGAUAGAAAUUGUGAUAGAUGUGUUCAAUGUUGCAUCAGCUACGAAAAGUGGCUGCAGUUUCAAAAUUGUUUAUACAAGAUUGUUAAGGAUCCAUUGUUCGAAUUAGGGAUCACACUAUGUAUUGUUUUAAAUACAUUGUUUUUAGCGUUAGAACAUCACGGGAUGAACGAGAACGUGCGAGACGCGUUAGAGUAUGGAAAUAGGGUUUUUACAGCGGUUUUUUCAUUCGAGUGCUUAUUGAAGGUGAUGGCCCUGUCGAAGGAUUUUUUCCUGUGUGGCUGGAACAUAUUCGACCUGAUUAUCGUUUCAGCCAGUUUGCUCGACCUAAUCUUCGAACUGAUGGAGGGCCUGACCGUGUUGCGGGGGUUGAGAUUGUUACGGGUACUGAAACUAGCACAAUCAUGGACCACGAUGAAGGUCCUGCUAAGUAUUAUCAUAUCGACAAUAGGUGCUUUAGGUAAUCUGACGUUCGUGUUGGUGAUUGUUAUCUAUAUUUUUGCUGUUAUCGGAAUGCAGUUGUUUUCCAAAGAUUACACGCCGGACAAGUUUGCACCGGAUCCGGUGCCGAGGUGGAACUUUAACGACUUUUUUCACUCGUUCAUGAUGAUUUUUCGAAUCUUAUGCGGAGAGUGGAUCGAACCUCUGUGGGACUGUAUGCGGGCUGAAGAGGAGGAAGGAGCCUCCUCGUGCUUUGCCAUUUUCCUUCCGGCACUAGUGAUGGGCAACUUUAUGGUACUGAACUUGUUCUUGGCCUUGUUGCUCAACAGUUUUAAUUCGGAGGAGUUGAAAUCGAAAAAGGAGAGCUUCGAGCAGGAAGUCGGCGAAGAUUCCAAGCUGGCUCGAAGUUUCGAGCGGAUACGAUCGAUCGUACGGAAGAAACGAAACGCCAGCAAGGAGAAGAACGAGAACGACACCAACACCCGGCUGGAGAAGCUGGUGAACGAGAUCGUGAUCAAGCAGCGGGAAGAGAAGAAGAAGUACACGGCUGCGCUGGUGGCCUCCAAGGAUCAAACCAUUGUGCUGCCGCCGACGGAGUUCCGACCCAUUCAGGGUGGGCCGAUUUACAGCCCAAGUUAUCAGGAAUCUCUAACGCAACGGGUUCCACCGGAGCAGCUGUGCUACGACAUUCCCCUGAAAGAUCGACCCCUGCGAACCAUUUCCGGCAGUCAGGAAACCGUAUCCCAAAUGGACGACCGCCAACUGCCGGACGAUGGCCAGCCGCAGAUGACCGAAGUAGAGCGAAAGAUUCUCCAGCAAAUGUCUUCCGGCUUCGGUACCCAGCAGAGCAAAGACGAGCCCACGGUAACCGAAUCACUUGAAAUGCGUUCCCUCAAUCCUAUCAAUUCUUCCGAAAUCGACCCUAACGAACAAUCGAUCCACAUAUCGGACUCGCAACCGUACGACGAAGCGUAUUUGCAGUACCAAAAGUCCCUGUUGAACCGAUCGCCAAGCUAUCGGAAAUCGCUGGACAGGACUUCGUCACGUACUUCCAGUGCUCACUCGUUGGCCACCUCGCUGGCCAAGUGCCAUUCGCCGCUGGUGCAGGAAGUCCUCAAUGCCGGAUCCACUUACCUACGCAACAGCAAUAUCUCGCUCAUUCAAACGCCAACGCCGGUACCUAGACGUGAAGAUAAUCAUUUUUUAGUAGCCGAUAGGAAAAGUAGUUUAGACAAAUCGAUCACGGCGUCCCCGCCGCAACCGAUCAGCCAACAACGUUCGCCAAGUACCAGCAGUAGCAUGCGCAAGGCGGUGCUGGCCGCCAACCGUUUCUCUGACCAAUCGCUCAAUACGCUCUCGAUCGACCACGACGAGCUGAUCAAUCAGAUGAAUCUGAAAGACGAACUGCUCAACUGCGAGCAGAAGGAGUUGUUCCAGUUCCUCAACGACGAGGUUGACAAUAGUAACAAUUAUUUUAGUGAUACGGUAGGUUACGGUAGUGCGGUAGUGGACGCAGACACGGAAAGUCUGCUGUUGAGUUCCAAGAAGGACGACCUUAUCUAUUCUCCAGAUCGAAAAGUCUCCAACGGUAGCCUAAAGUCUAAUUUAAGUAGUAUAUCAAAUUCGAUCUUUCAAGCGUUGGAGAACCGUCGAGGAGGUAGUAUAUCGGGUUCAAUGGACAAACCACGGCCAACGAUCGCUGUAGAUAAUGGUAGUUUGCGAUCGCGCCGAAAUAGCGACGAUAAAGAACCACUGGUCAAGGCUUCCGAGUUUGACGAUAUUAUUCAUAGUUUUGAUACGGAGUUGAAGAGCUUAAAGUCUCUUUCGCUAGGACGAAGCCAUUCACAGGCAGAUGCUCCCGUGUCACCAGAGCGUGAACGAAGGAACUCGAACUCAUGCCCCACAAUGCCUGCGGUCGAAGAAGUGGUUCGCCUGCGAAGGCCCAAGUCAAGUAUCGCCUGUAAUUAUAGAAGUAGUAGUGCUGAUAACAAUAAUACAAAUGGCAAUAAAACUAGUGAUAAUGAUAAUAACAACAGUAAUACGUGUAACAAUAACCCUAGGAUAAGUACCGGAAACGAUAGUAAUAGCAGUAACACCGAUAGCAAUACCCAGCGCAGCGAGACGUCCAAACGGCGCAGUUUGGAGAAGCAGCGCAACAUCACCGAUGAGGAGUUUAACAUGGGUGUAGAGAUAAAGAAACUCUGUGAUCAAUUACAGGCACCGUUCGCCGCCCCCACCGUUGUACAGGAACAACCCAAGAGCAGUAGUGCAAAUGGGCUCUCCACGUUAACACCCUUUACGGGCCUGUCUGCAGGUGGAGGCAACAACAUGAGUUCAAUCCCUAUCGUGUUCCGACGGAAAAAUGACUUCCACAGUAGUUUCGAUCGAAUCAAACGGCUCAGCUUGAUCGAACGAGUCGAAGAAUGCAACGAAGACGAAAAAGCCAUCGCUCAGCCACCGAAGGCAUCCAGCGAAAUACUUCCACGGAAGCAACUAUCUAAAGACUGCCUGGAGACACUGUCUCUGAAGAGUAGCUACAGCGUAGAAAACGGCGACAAACCCCUGGACGAUAGUAGUAAGAAAAUCGGUAUAAGCCUGGAGGAAUUCCAACGGAACAUCGCCCAGGAGAGCAGUUCCGAACCACCUGCGAUCAGGCAACCACCGAAGAAGACAGUUACCUACAGUGAAACGUCACGACAGAACAGUUCGCAACAAGCGACACCAAAACGGACCCCUUUCAAGACCUACGAGUCCGACGCACCAUUGAACCUUGCUGGAAAGCCGUGGCACUGUCUGGUGUCUUACGUAGACGACAUCACCGUUGGUGGUCGUCGCAAUUCGCAAGGCGUCUACGACGAUCCCAUGGCCUUUCCCAGCUUUGGUCGUCGGAAAGCCCCAAAAAUCCCGCAGGACUGCUUCCCGCAAAAAUGCUACGAAAAGUGCAAAUGCUGGGAUGCUUGUCUGAAAACCGACGCCGGUCAACGGUGGUAUCGAUUUCGUCAGAACAUUCUCCAGUACGUAGACACUCCGGCCUUCGAAUGGUUCGUGCUGGUGUUGAUAUUCGCCUCCAGCAUCACGCUGUGCUUCGAAGACAUUCACCUCGACAAAAACAAGCAACUGAAGCGAAUCCUCUACUGGACCAAUUUCGUUUUCUGCCUUAUUUUCGUCAUCGAGAUGUUGCUUAAGUGGAUCGCCUUGGGGUUUACCAAGUAUUUCUCCAGUUUUUGGACCAUACUGGACUUUAUCAUCGUAUUUGUACGUAUCGGCAGCCACCGAAACACAAUGGCCUGCAAUUAUGAUCAUUUAUUUCGCACUCGAUCGAGACAACACAAUUGGCUAAUAUUCAACCGUAUUCUGUACGGCACACGCUCUCUCUUUUUCUCUUCGCACCCGGUUUUUUCUCUCUUCUUUGUCUCGGCUUCUCGCCCACAGGUGUCGGUUUUCUCAUUGCUGAUCGAGGAGAACGAAAACUUGAAAGUACUACGCUCGCUAAGAACGUUGCGCGCUCUUCGGCCGCUGCGAGCAAUAUCACGAUGGCAGGGCAUGAGAAUAGUAGUGAAUGCAUUGAUGUAUGCGAUUCCGUCGAUCUUCAAUGUACUCCUAGUAUGUCUCGUCUUCUGGCUGAUCUUCUCGAUCAUGGGCGUACAGUUUUUUGGCGGGAAGUUCUUCAAGUGUGUUGACGAGGAUGGCGAACUGCUACCGAUCCACAUCGUCAACGACAAGUGGCAGUGUUUCGCGCAGAACUAUACGUGGAUCAACUCCAAGAUUACUUUCGACCACGUCGGAAUGGGCUACCUGGCGUUAUUUCAAGUGGCCACAUUCGAAGGGUGGAUGGAAGUUAUGGCCGACGCCGUCGAUGCUCGAGGAGUUGACCUGCAACCGCAGCGGGAAGCUAAUCUGUACGCCUACUUCUACUUUGUGAUCUUCAUCGUAUGCGGAUCGUUCUUUACGCUCAAUCUGUUCAUCGGAGUUAUCAUCGAUAAUUUCAACAUGCUUAAGAAAAAGUACGAGGGAGGUGUGCUGGAGAUGUUUCUUACGGAGUCGCAGAAGCAUUACUACACGGCAAUGAAGAAGCUAGGCCGAAAGAAACCGCAGAAGGUGAUCAAGCGACCGAUCAACCAGAUCUUGGCGAUGUUCUACGAUCUUUCCAACUCUAGGCGAUUUGAAAUCGCCAUCUUUGUGUUGAUAUUUCUGAACAUGCUCACGAUGGGUAUCGAACACUACAAUCAACCGCAUGCGGUUUUCUUCAUCCUGGAGGUCAGCAAUGCCUUCUUCACGACCGUUUUCGGUUUGGAGGCCAUCGUCAAGAUCAUCGGUCUGCGCUAUCACUACUUCACGGUGCCGUGGAAUGUGUUCGAUUUUUUACUAGUGCUAGCGUCCAUAUUUGGCAUCUUGAUGGAGGAUAUCAUGAUCGAUCUUCCGAUAUCUCCGACGUUGCUUCGAGUGGUGCGAGUGUUUCGCAUUGGUCGAAUACUUCGGUUGAUUAAGGCUGCAAAAGGUAUACGAAAGCUGCUGUUUGCCUUAGUUGUGUCGCUACCUGCACUGUUCAACAUUGGGGCACUUCUGGCGCUAAUCACCUUCAUCUACGCCAUCAUAGGAAUGUCACUGUUCGGCCAUGUGCGGCAACAGGGUGCAUUGGAUGACAUGGUGAACUUCGAAACGUUUGGGAGGAGUAUGCAACUUCUAUUUAGGCUUAUGACUUCGGCCGGUUGGAAUGAUGUGCUGGAAUCACUCAUGAUCCAACCACCGGAUUGCGAACUAGCUCAGGACACACAGGGCAACGGAGACUGCGGCCAUCCACUGUUGGCGAUCACCUACUUCACCAGCUUCAUUAUAAUCAGUUAUAUGAUUGUAAUCAACAUGUACAUAGCUAUCAUCUUGGAAAACUUCAACCAGGCUCACCAGGAGGAGGAGGUCGGCAUCGUCGAAGACGACUUGGAGAUGUUCUACAUCCGAUGGUCAAAAUACGACCCGCACGCUGGACAGUUCAUACACUUCAACCAGCUGUCGGACUUUAUCGCUUCGCUAGAUCCGCCGUUGGGCAUACCGAAGCCCAAUACGGUAGCGUUGGUGUCGUUUAACCUUCCAAUUUCUAAGGGAAACAAGAUCCAUUGCUUGGAUAUUCUCCACGCACUGGUCAAACAUGUCCUAGGGCAUGUAGAAGAGACUGAAAACUUUAAACAGUUGCAAGAUCAGAUGGAUCAGAAGUUCAAGAAACAAUUCCCAACUCGUAAAGAGUUGGAAAUUGUUUCCUCGACUCGAAUCUGGAAGAGGCAGGAGAAGGCGGCAAAGACAAUCCAGGCUGCCUGGAAGGAUUAUCUGAGACGCAAACGAGAACGAGAGCGUUCCCCUAUGUCCUUGGAGGACGAUAACACCCAAACGUCAAGUCCCGGCGGUUGGCAGAGUAAGCUCUCAGCAUUGAACUUCCUUCACCUGCAGGUGCACCGUCGAGGGACGGCAACGUCCAGUCGUGCAUCGUCUCGUAAAUCAUCUCGUGCUUCCGAUGCUUCCGAUCUAAGCGAACUUGCUGGGCCCUGGUUGAAUCUUCCGCUGAUGCUUGUCUCCGGAACCAGUGACAUGGUCAAGGAGGUCAAACAGCAACAUGCCAAUGGUUUGGAGCUGAAGGAUGCUCCUGAAGCGAAAGGUGGUCGCCGUAGAAGUUUCUACAACUUCCCGUUCUUUCUUCGGCAUCAGGACGCUGUAGAAGAUCCAGCGAAUUCGCCACAACUUCAGAAGCGACCGCUCAAAUCUAGCGAGACAGAUCUUUCGUUAACUGCUUCGCUGGACAAAGCAGUUCCUCCAGUAGCACCAACCACUCCCGUAAUGAAACAUAAACGUGCAACGAGCUUCGUCAAAAAGAAGCCACCGCUGGAACGGGGUUUCUCGGCGCAAAGUGCGUUGCGGCUAAAUCGAAACGCUGCAGUCCUUGACGACAAUCUGUCAGCCUCAUCGGCCGAUGUCAGCAUCCUCGUGACUGAACCAUCCCCGGACGUGCCUACCGGGCCUAAUAUGGCCAAAGUGCCUGGAGAGGCUACGCUAGUGCACGUUCUGGUUCACCGCGAGAGCGAAGAGUACCAAUCGGACGUAGACGACAAAGACGAGACCAAAGUGAAAGAGCCUCGUGAUCCUUCCAAAGCUAGUGAUAUUAAAAUCUCCCCUGGCACGAAUGUUGACUAUCAAAUUCUAGGUGGCAGCACGGAUGGACCUCGCCCUGUGGUGACUAUCUGCGUUGAAAGUCCUCAAGAAUCGCCCGAUUCUCCUCAGGAUCGUCCAGGAUCUCAACCACCGCAGCAUCCACCACCGCCACUUCCACCGGACACCGUCAUCGAUAUGGUCGAUCCGGAACCAAUUGACGUCAACCUUCCACGUGAUACCUCCAACAUAUUCUACGACUAUGAAGAGCCCAAGGAGGACGCCAAACCUCCAGAGAUUCCUCCGCGAGCUCAUCAACACCCUCUGCAAGACCUGGAUAGAAUCGAGUAUGAUGCCAUUCAACAGAUGAGCAGCAGUACCAGUAGUGCGACAAGUGCGAGCAGUAGCAGCAGUGCUGCCGCUGCAGAUGUCGUCGAAGAUCAGUGUCAAUGUCCUCCGUCAUCCGAAGACACCCUUCAGCGAUCCAGCUGACCAUCAACGGAAACGUCAACAGACGACGACGACGGCAAAAGCAAUGGCGAGACCGCUGACCGCAACCAACCGGACACCACUAGUUGACAAUCUUCUUAUUCUUUUUGAGUAUCCUUAUACCUGGCAGGGCGGUCUUCGGGUACAGCCCUUGGCCACCGGUGCAGCUACCCCAAACUGCGGAAACGAUCGCUAUCAACGACAUUUUAUACCUCAUUUUACGACGCUUGUAUACUUCCCAUGCUGAGGAAUGGGAAGGUAGCCGGGUACGGACAGUGGCCCUUCUUGGUUCAGUUGUUGUUCUUUUCCGAGUAGGCUACAAAUCUACGGAGUUGUGUAGAUAGUUUUCUAGAUUGGAUGAGCUGAAGUUGUAAAGUUAAGCUGUAAAAUAGUUCAUGUUUUAUGUAUAUGUUGUAAAUAUAGUCAAGUUUAAAAGUAGUGUAUAGGUGGCUAUAAAACAGGAAACGUAAAUUUUGAUAUCAGGUUGAUACCUUUAGAAUUUCAAAAAGAGCUUGAAACAUAGUACUGCAGCGUGUGAAUCAUUGGGACAAUAUCAAUCACUCUCAAGGCAUGAUCCGUUAUUGACUUGAGAAUUUUCAGAAGCAGUUUUUUUGUUCAAAAGCAAGAAAUUUUACAUGAAAACAUGUUCUUUUACAUCUGAUAAUUUUUAGUUUUGUAGUAGUGUUUGCUAAUAUCCACACUCCCAGAGUUUUCUUGCGAUGCAGAGGACUUCUUGGCUUCCAAAAAGUAAAUAACACGUCAACAUUUCCCUACCAUCCCCAAAAUGGCCUAAAUUCGGAAAGUGGAGCUGCUGACUUUCUGUUGAUGAAGAGACGGAACAGAUAUCACCUGUGG